UAAAAAAUAUGAAAAAGUGAAAAAUCAUAGAAUUUAGAAGAAAAAUAUUUAGAAAUCAAGUGUACCGGAUACGGAAAAUCUAUCAAAAAUGGUUAGCAACAGUUUAGUUGUGCCAGUUGUAUUGUGGGGCCCGUACCAGCCAACCCAUUGCGUAUCGAGUGUAUUUCUAUCGAAGGAUCAGAAAACACUUGCCACAGGAUGCUACGACGGACAAAUCUGCUUAUGGAAAGUUGACCCUGAUACGUUGAAAAUGACCCCGAGAUGUCUGCUAGUUGGUCAUACGGCUCCCGUACUGUGUCUGGCUCCUGCUUCGAUCAUUCAAGACAAUAAUUUUCUUGUCAGCUCUUCAGAGAGUGGUGAAAUGUGUACAUGGGAUUUGGUUGAUGGAAAAUGCAAAGAGAAUGCGAAGUUGUCUCAAGUACACACAAGUAUUCAGGGAUAUCAUAUGUCCAAUUGUGACGAUAUUCGGCUCUUCUGCGUUGGUUAUUAUGCUGAAAUAAUGGUCAUGGAUCCAUUCAGUUUGGAAGUCAUUUUCUCUCUCAGCUCCAAAGUCAAACCCGAUUGGAUAUCAGCAAUUCACGUUUUGAGACCAUCGAAACGAAAGGAUGAUGUAGUUCUUGCCAUCACAACCACUGGAACGGUUAAAGUGUGGACAUUGAUUGGAAACGAGAAUAAAUAUUCGGAACCGAUCUACGAGAAUGAGUCAAAGCAGAUUCGUUGUUUGAAUGCGAUCAGUUUGAAUUGUUGUGCUCAGAAUCAGCGUACAGUUUUGAUUGUUUGUGCAAAAUACUGGCAGAUUUAUGAUGCUGGCGACUUCACCGUACUUUGUAGUGUUAUAUCACCGUCCGGUGAACGUUGGCUGGGUGGAGAUUUUCUUGCAAAUGAUCGCGUUAUUCUGUGGUCCGAUGAGGGGAAAGGAUAUUUGUAUCGGCUGCCAGCGAACGCACUGCCUGGAAAAAUACCGAACAGUAGUAGUUGUAUACCCGAUAACAAGGAAUUCCAUUCGCCGUCCAUUGGAAAGGAUCAACCACUGUUGUACUGUAUUUUACCGAGUGGAGCAGGUGAAAGGCCGUUAUCAUGUCCACCAGCUAUGAAAAUGGUGACGACGACUCGCGGUGGAAAAUCGCAGAAAUAUCUGUUGCGCGGAGAUUCCGAAGGUUACGUUACGCUAUGGUCCGUACCAGACAUUUCCAUUGACAAUAUUAAGGAGUUGCAUCUGAGCCAGGCCACCCCGAAAUCAAUGCUACCAACGAUAUGCACCAGUCUGAGCGAUGCAUGGGAAUUGAUGAAUCCGUCGCCCGUUGGUAUUUUAGAUCAGCUCAAUCAUCCCGGAGAAACGUCGGUGAAGUUAACGGCAAGCAUUUAUUUACCGCAACAAAGUCGCUUGGUUGUGGGUAGGGAAGAUGGAUCCAUUAUUAUUGUGCCCGCUACGCAAACUGUAAUGUUGCAGCUGUUACAUUUGAAUCAUCAAAAUUUCAAUGACUGGCCACCGCAUCAAAUUUUGUCGGGUCAUCGAGGCCGCGUUAAUUGUUUGUUGUGUCCAUCAUUAGCCCAUUCCAGAUACGAUAAAUCCCAUUUACUUUCUGGUGGUGUUGAUUUCGCUGUAUGCUUAUGGGAUUUAUAUAGUGGUUCAUUACUGCAUCGAUUCUGUGUGCAUGCCGGUGAAAUAACACAACUUCUUGUUCCUCCAAAUUCGUGCAGUCCACGAAUUCAGAAGUGCAUCUGUUCAGUUGCAUCGGAUCAUUCAGUGACUUUGCUUAGUUUAACGGAAAGGAAAUGCGUAACGUUGGCAAGCAGGCACUUGUUCCCUGUGGUUAACAUAAAAUGGAGACCGUUAGAUGAUUUUCUAAUCGUUGGCUGUUCGGAUGGUUCGGUUUAUGUUUGGCAAAUGGAAACCGGACAUUUGGAUCGAGUUCUACAUGGUAUGCUUGCCGAAGAAGUUCUAUCAGCUUGUGAUGAAAAUGCUGCCGAUUCUUCGCCGCACGGAUCUACAUCCGAAUUGGGACUGGCUAAUCCGGCCGUACACUUCUUUAGGGGACUACGUCAUCGGAAUUUGUCCGCUAUCAGACAUGCAACGCAACGAGGAAUAACUCAAUUGCAGCAGUUGCAAUCUCAUAAUCAAAACGAUAAUAUCUACAUGUUGAAAAACCGAAGCAGCCCAUUGACCAUUCAAGGGCUUCGAACCAAUCCGAAAGACGCUGAAAGUCAUAUCCUGUUCUUCGACAUUGAAGGUUUGAUAUUUGAGUUGAUCAAUGAGGAGUAUGCCGCUUUAAGUCCCAAUACAUUGGAGGCGCAAGGACUUAUUCCACCAUCGAAUACCGGUCAACCCACCCAGGCGGAUGCAUCCAAAAAGAUCUCCGAUUUCUUUGGACGCGUUAAAAACAAAGCUGGAGACAUGGAAAAAAUUCUUAAAGAGAAAGACAAACAUGGAAUACUACAGAAGAUGAAGGAGGGCGCCGAAAAUGUUGAAAAGAAGAUUCAAGCAAAAGUGGAAAGUCUAAAAAAUGUGAACGAUGGAAACAAAGAAUCAACCGAAACAUUGAAGAAAUUUUUCCCACGCAUGGAAGCGACACAUGUGAUGGAAGUUUCCCAACUACUAUUAUCUCUGCUACAUUCCUGGGGAUUGGAUCCCCAUUUGGACAAGGUUUGCGAAACCCAACUUGGGUUACUACGACCGAUGAUUCCAGUCACCUUCGGAGUAUUAAGCAAAAGCGGUUACAUGUCGCUGUUGUUGCCGACAUGGCAAAACGAUUUAACUGUCGAUACAAUGAAUCCACCGUCGGAUCUUCAACUCGAAAAAUCAUUGCCGGCAGAGCUUGUGCGCCAGGAAAAUCUAACCAGGCUCUUCACCCACCGUUUGCAUUGGGAAUUGAGUACAACACUAACUUCGAACCAUUUACUGGCCAUGGUCGCAAUGUCCAAUACGUUGAUGUCAAUGACAAUGGCUACAUUUAUACCCGAACAUGAACGAGCCAAAAAAUUGCAACGACAAUCGACUAGAGUGAAUGCUUCGUGGACGAAUGAGGAUCAUGAGGAGCAGUAUACGCAGCAGCAAGCUCAAAUUAAACAGGGAUGGAGUUUAUUGUCCACACAUCACUGUUUCCUUUUGCCAGAUAAAAUUGACGCUCUGGAGCCUCGGAACUUUAAACGUCCACAAGUUGAGAUGAUGGUACGCAGCUGGCAACAUCAUUGCAUUGAAAUCAGAGAAGCAGCUCAGCAAAUCCUUUUGGGAGAAUUGGGACGAAUGGGAAAGAAAGGUCGAAAGCAAUUAGUGGAAAGCUGGGCACAAUAUUUACCAUUAUACACGCAUACGGAACCCAUCGCUCAGUCAGCUACAAAUACGACUCAGCCGAGUACUCCAGGAACACCUGUACCGCAAGCAACAGAACCGAAUCCUGAGGAGUAUGAAGAGGAAGAAGAAGAAGUGAUCAGAAAGCCUUCCAGCUUGGCAGAGUUGAAACGCAAACAAACAACGGCUGUGGUAUUACUGGGAGUCAUUGGAGCAGAGUUCGGCCAAGAUAUAUCUACAGACAGCACAAAUGCGGCAGCAAAGAAAUCGAAUGACCAAAGAAGAAAGAGUUCCGUUGUUGAAGGCUUCGGAAUCGGAAACAAUAAUUUAGCCCGCUUGACAUCAAUGGCACUGACACAUUUACUAUUGGCACCACCAACACCGAAACUCCCAGCUCAUACACCAUUGCGUCGGGCAGCUAUUGAUUUGAUUGGUCGAGGCUUUACGGUUUGGGAACCAUAUCUGGAUGUCAGCAAAGUUCUUUUGGGUUUGCUGGAAACAUGCUGUGACGCAAGUCGCUUGAUUCCGAGUUUCAAUACAAAAUUGCCAUUAACGCCACAAGCUGAUGCUUGUCGUACAGCUCGACACGCCCUACGUCUGAUAGCUACAGCGCGACCGGCCGCAUUUAUUACAACAAUGGCUCGUGAAGUGGCCCGAUACAAUGCGCUUCAACAGAACGCACAAACAAUUUCGGUUCCAUUGACCCAAUUGGUGUUGUACCGUGCAAAGAAGGAGAUUUUACAUUGUGUGGAAAUGUUGAUCGAUAAAAUGCAAACGGAAAUGGCUAAUUUGUUGGUUGAGGUAAUGGACAUCACAUUACAUUGCGUAGAUGCAUCAGAUUUGAAAACUAAAGGUUUGAACGAGGUGUGUCCAUCGAUUUGUAAAUUCAAUCAAAUAUCUCAUUGUGCAGCUACUAGGCGAAUAGCUGUGGGUGCCAGCAAUGGUCAUUUAGCAAUAUACGAACUGCGUCAAAAUAAAUGCCAAAUGAUACCUGCUCAUAAGAAACCAAUAACCGCUCUAGCAUUCAGUCCUGAUGGCAAAUUUUUGGUCAGCUAUUCAUGCGGUGAAAAUGGUUUAUCGUUCUGGCAAACGAGUACCGGAAUGUUCGGUUUGGGACAGUCGCAAACGCGUUGCAUUAAAGGAUACUCAACCGCUCCCAUUCCGGACGUUAGUCGACUGAAUCCGAUGCGUUUGGCCAAAUUGAUUUGGAUCAACAAUCGAACGGUUACGUUGAUGUUGGCCGAUGGGUCCGAGACGAGAUUCAAUGUUUAGAUUGUAAGGCAGUUCAGUUUUAUCGUGCAAGAGAAUUUUAUUGUUGAAUUUUAUUCGAGAAAGAUUUUAUUCAAAUUUAAAAAUAUAUUAAGUGAUAUGUCUAAGGGUAGCCAUAUAGAUCCCGGCUCUUCUCAGUGUGUGUGUGUGUGUGAUGGGUCGGUAGUCACUGGCCAGGUCUAUUAUUGGGAAUUUUAAUUCUGAAAGGUUUUGAAAAAAAAAAUCAGAAAAUUCUUUAAGGCGCCCUACAUCACAAUAAAAACAUUUAGCGAUGUACAUUGACACACAACCUUAAGAAUUUUUCGACAUUUUUUCGGAAUUUUUAGGAACUAAAAUUCCUAAUCCUCGGUAUCGGCGAACUUGGAAUGUUGUUUUAUCAACUAAUCCAUCAUAGACCGUUUUCUUAAGCACUGAAUGGUCGCCAACGUAAAGGAAUCGUUGCUACAACAGCCGUAUUAAAAGCUCGUAAUUGUAUUCAAAAUCUUGAUCAGUCUAUGUGUUUCCCGGACAACUGAGUUGGGCAAAAUUCCUCGUAGUCAGUAUUUAAAGGUACGUUUGAAGACAGUUAACAUAACGAGAAGAGUGUGGUGUCAAUGUAAUAAAUGUUCAUAAACUUUUUUUUUUCUUAUUUACUCAUUAAGGCAAGCAUCUGUCUAUUUAUUUAAAUAUUAUACCAUUGAGUUUAAGCAUUCUAUUUUCAUGCAUCAAACAACAAAAGUAUUCAAAUAAAUAAAUUGUUAAUAAAUGUU